AUGUCUUCUCCAGCCAUUUUUGAAAUGCCCAAAAAGGAGCCUUUUUUGACCAACCUCAAAACGUUUUAUGUUGAUAUCUUCGAAACCAAAACGCCUGUUUAAAAAGUCAACUCAUCAUUGAUACUUCAUUAGAUUCUUAGUCUCUCUGUGCAUUGACAACCGCCAUCCCAAUGUUUUGCAAUAUGUUAUUGCCGAGCGCGUAUACGUUAAAGAAAUGGUGUCCAAACUGAAUGUUUUAAA